UACUAUGAUAGCCAUGGGCGUGGCAGGGUUCCGCAUUGAUGCAGCUAAACACAUGUACCCUGCUGAAUUGGACGAUGUGGAAAGUCGCCUCCAUGACUGUACAUUUGGCGGCAGGCCGUACAUCUAUCAGGAGGUCAUCGACCGAUUCAGCAACGAGGCCAUUAGGCCUAUCGAGUACUUUCAAACCGGUGACGUCACAGAGUUUAAAUUCUGCGAUCAAAUGGCUUUACUCGGACGAGCCUCCGUCCCAGCUGAUCAGUUUCAAAACUUUGGUUUCGAUCCGAGGUGGGGGAUGAUGCCGACUGAAAACGCGAUCGUCUUCGUCGAGAACCACGACAACCAACGUAACCACGGAGGCGGAGGCGAUAUCCUGACGUUUAAAGAACCACGCGAAUACAAGAUCGGUCUCGCGUUCGGCUUGGCGUGGAAUUACGGAACUGCGCGUAUCUUCAGCGGGUAUGUCUUUGAAGACAGCGACCAGGGACCGCCGUCUGAUAGUUCAGGUAACACAGACAACGUCGUGAUCAACGCAGAAGGAUUAUGCGAUGGUGGUUGGGUGUGCGAGCAUCGCUGGAGUGCGAUACGCAACAUGGUCUGUUUCCGUAACGUUGCUGGGGAUGAGCCAGUUGAAAACUGGUGGGACAAUGGCGAUAAUUUCAUCGCCUUUUCUCGAGGCGACAAAGCCUUCUUUGCCUUGAACAAUGAGAGGGUUCGGCAAUCAGAGACUCUGCAGACAGGACUACCAUCCGGGACAUACUGUGAUCUGAUCACAGGUGAGCCUACGACCAGGGGCUGCUCAGGAACAUCCGUGGUCGUCGAUGACGAUGGACUUGCCUACAUCGACCUGCUACCGAGUAAUAAUGAGCGAAACGCGAUGGUAGCUUUGACCAUUGCUGCUACGUCGGGUCGGUCUGAUUAUACUGGAUGUGUAGUCGAAGCGGGGGCAGUACAAUUAAAAGCUAAUGUAUUAUUGAUUGCAGUCAUUGCAUUACUGCUUUUCAUUCACUAAACAUUCAACGGAAUCAUGAAUCACGGAAUAUUCAACAUGUUCAAAGCAAAUAAUAUUCAAACUUAUAAUGACUAUCAAAAGAAGAUAACGAAGAGGGUGAUGCAAGAACAGAGUCGCAAAAGUAGAGUAGCAACAUUUUCUCUCCCUCUCCA